AUGGAUUUCAUUAACUUACCUUAUGAAAUAAAGAAUCAAGACUGUUUAUUAAAAAUAGACAUAAAAAAAUUGUUAUUACAGCGUGAGUCUCCCAGAAUCAGUGGGUCUAACAGAUUGAGAUCUUAUUACUACAUCACAAAAUCACCACAGACUGGAGAUGCGAUUGAAUUUGGAUUUCCUCAUUUUCGCAACUGGUAUUUGCAAAUUACUUAUUCUGGAUUUAUGAAAGACUAUUAUACACAGUCUGAUCUCACUUCUGUAAUGCAAGUGUUUUUAUUUAACUUUUGCGGACUGGCUAUAAAAAAUUUAAGUGAAUUAGUACAACAGUCAGAGGACCAAAAAUUAUGCUAUGCUCGAGAAUUGCAACAAUCGGUUGAUGUCGAUGAUGAAAAUGAAACUGAAAGUGAUAACGCGGAAUCUGAUAGUGAAGAUAUUGACGAGCAUAAUGACAAAAAUGUCGAUGAAAAUUUGAGCAAAAUGGAAACUGAUGAAAAUCCCGAUUGCUUAUUACCGGAAAUUGUCGUUGAAGAUGAAGCAAGGUGGGCUCAUGUUACACAAAACGAACUUUCUUUGUAUGAAUUUUGUAAAUAUGUUGAGUAUGGGCUCGGAAAAGGAGUUGUUCGAUUGUUAAGACUUCCGAUCCAAAUCGCUUAUGAUAAAGCACGAGUUAAUUUAUAUAGUUAUAAAUAUAUCCAACAAGAUUUGGAUUAUUUAAUGCUUAGUCUCUGCCCAAGUUUACAUGAUAUUUUAACAUACAUGUCAUUUUGUAAUUAUCUGAUCAAAACUUCUGAUGAUGAGAAAAAUGUAUCGUCAAUUGAUAUUCAUGCAAAUACGGAAAAAAAUUACAAUUCGUAA